UCGAACCUGUCGCCUUGCCGCCUGUUAACCAUCGAACCUGUCGCCCUGCCGCCUGUUAACCAUCACGCUGCUGGAAGGAUUUUAUUCUCUUGUGAGCAACAGGUGCAUAGGAGAAACUGAUUCCAAAAGAAGAGGAAAGCUUCUGCAAACUUUAACACCUGAAACAGGACUUUACAGCACCUUCCAGCUGCUACCUGUCCAGCUGCUACCUGUCCAGCUGCUACCUGUCCAGCUGCUACCUGUCUACCUGCUACCUGUCCACCUGCUACCUGUCUAGCUGCUCAGGGGUUUGAGGAGGAAACAAGAAACAGGAAUUCAUUUUUGCAACUGCUGUGCCCGACCGAUUCUGCAACAGCUCUAUCAUCUGAGAGAGUGUGUUAAGUUUUGUGUGUGUGUGCGUGUGCGUGUGUGUGUGUGUGUUUGUGUGUGAGUGCGUGUGACAGCAUGGCCUCAGCAUGCCUGUUUGCUGCAGUUUUACUCGUGGCGGCCAGGCCGCAGUCGGCCUCAGCCUCGCCGACCGCUCCCCCGGCGGUGGGGCUUGAUGCGGCACCGCAGCUCCAGCAGGGGGCGUCGGCCUCUCUGUGUCCGUCGUGUGCUCUGGCUCAGAUGAAGAGGAACUCUUCCUCCUUGGCUACAGCGGGACAGAACGACAUGGUGGAGGCGGUGAAGCGCCACAUCCUCAACAUGCUGCACCUGAGCUCCCGGCCCAACCUGACGCAGCCGGUUCCCCGCGCCGCGCUGCUCAACGCCAUCAAGAAGCUGCACGUCGGCCGCGUGGCCGAGGACGGCAGCGUGGACAUCCAGGAGGGGCGGAGCCAAGCGGAGCAGACACCGCCCGAACUCCCCUCUGAGAUCAUCACCUUCGCAGAGCCAGGAGAUUCUCCCACUACGGUGACCUUUGACAUUUCAAAGGAGGGGACCGGCUCCUCUGUGGUGGAACAAGCCAAUGUUUGGAUCUUCCUUAAGUUAGCCCGGGGAAACCAGGCCAAAGGCAAAGUGACUCUUCAGCUCCUGCAGCGUCAUCAUCACCAGGGUGUAUCCCUGGAGGAGGAGCCUAUUUCAGAGAAGCUGGUUGAUAUUCGUCGCAGCGGCUGGCACACCCUCCCUGUGCCUCGCAGCGUCCAGGCUCUUCUGGACGGCGGCGAGAGCCUGCUCAGCUUGCGGGUGUCCUGCCCGCUGUGUGCCGACGCCGGAGCAACGCCCAUCCUGGUGCCUGUUGACGGCGAGCGAGCCAAAGAGCGGGAGCAGUCGCACCGGCCCUUCCUCAUGGUGGCGCUCAGAGCGCAAGAGGAGCCAGGACACCGGCGGUUCAAGCGAGGACUGGAGUGCGACGGGAAAAUACGAAUCUGCUGUAAGCGCCAGUUUUACGUCAACUUCAAAGAUAUUGGCUGGAACGACUGGAUUAUUGCCCCGCCUGGUUACCAUGCCAACUACUGUGAGGGUGACUGCCCCAACCAUGUGGCGAGCAUCACAGGCUCCUCCCUCUCCUUCCAUUCCACAGUCAUCAAUCACUACCGCAUGCGGGGCUACAGCCCGUUCCAGAGCAUGAAGUCGUGCUGCGUGCCCACGCGGCUGCGGGCCAUGUCCAUGCUCUACUACAACGAGGAGCAGAAGAUCAUCAAGAAGGACAUCCAGAACAUGAUCGUGGAAGAGUGCGGCUGCUCGUAAGACCAGACGGGACGCCACACAGGCAGGAAAAAACACUCGUUGCUGCUGAGGUUAGCGGUUCGGCGACACAAUCUGUGGCACUUUGAAAUUAAAGUAAAGUUCCGUAAUAUAUUUAUGUUUAGUGGUGAGUGAGAACUGGACUAUGCAUUGUAUUACUUGUGUGGAGCUUCUCUUUUCCACAUGGAAUGAGAACAUCUAAAAGACCUGAGAAUACUAUGCAAUAGAUGACGUGUUGCCAUUUAAUGUAAAAAUUUUUCUGUCUUCAUUUGUGUGUUUUGUUUGUUUCGAGGUUCCUUUUUUGAUACAGUGCAUUCUGUGUGUGAAAGACAAACUACAAUCUCUGUUGAGAUACUUGAAAAAAAUUUGUUUGACCAGCUACACGAGCCAAAAUCAUCAUCAUCAUCAUCAUCAUCAUCAUCAUCAUCAUCAUUUUUAUUAUCGUUGUUGUUGUUUUUAUUAUAUUAUUAUUAUUAUUAUUAUUAUUAUUAUUUUUAAAUCUGAUGAAUGUUGAAAUUUGCACUGUAAACAACAUUCUUAACAGUUUUUUGCCAGCAACUUUCCUAUCAAGAAGAUUCUCUCGCCAAAGACGGUUGUCUGUUUUGGCCGGACAGUUUCACAAGCAGAGACAUCACUUUGACAUGAAAACAUUCUUCACUUCAUUAACUUGUUCACUUUGGAUUUUUAACAGUUUCACAAACCAACAUGGAGCAACACAGAAAUGUUCAUUUAGUCAGUGUAGCAAAGUUUAUCAUUUUGAGGGGCGAAAGAAAAAUACCCUGAAAAAUUAUACAAUUUUCUUGACUAUGGUUUUAUCAUUUCAUUGUAAAAAACAUACAUUCUAUAAUUUAUUUGCUGCAUUUUUCUUCCUCAUUAAACAUGCUCCUAUUAAA